AUGUCUUUCUUCAAGAAGCUCACCAAGGAGUUCGAGGACCUCAAAACCUCCUUCUCCGACGACAAGCCUGCCGAGAAGAAGGAAGAGAAGAAGGACGACCAGCAGCAGCACACCGGCGAACGCAACUUCGGUGAUCACUCGCAGCAGCAGCAGCAGCAGCAACAGUACGGAGGAUACGGCAGCGGCGCUCCCCCCUCCAACUACCCCUACCCCUCGCAGGCACAGCCUCAAUCCGGCCCGGACCACGGUUACGGCAGCCAGCCCAGCUACGCCCAGACUCCGCCUCCGGCUCCCCAGUCCGCCGCGCCCCCAAUGGCCGCUCCUCCCGUCUCAAGCGGCUGGCUCGUCCAGUGGGACACCACCAACAACCGCUGGUUCUACGUCGACCAGAGCACCGGCCGUUCCCAGUGGGAGCACCCGUCCCCUCCCACCGGCCCCCAGGGCGGAUCCUCCUACGCCCCGCCUCCCGUCCCUCCCCACCCUUCCUCCGACACUAGAGCGUUCGGGGGUGACCAGGGCCACGGCUACGGCUCUCCCGCUCCUUCUUACGGCGGUGCUGCCCCCUACGGCGCCCCGUCCUACGGCGGCUCCCCCGCUCCUUACGGCCAGGCUCCUUAUGGAGGCGCCCCCUCUCCCUACGGUCAGCCUCCUUACGGCCAGGCUCCUUACGGCCAGGACCCUUACGCCCAGCAGGGUGGCAAUAACCCCUACGGCGACAAGGACAAGGAAAAGAAGAGCAACAGCAGUGGCAUGCUUCUCGGCGCCGCCGGUGGACUCGCCGUCGGCGCUGUUGGUGGCGCUUUGAUCGCGAACGCUCUUAACGACUCGGAUGACGAGAGCAAGGCCGCCGCUGCUGCCGCUCCUGCCGCGCAGCCUCAAUACGGAGGCUACCAGGACCCCUACGCGGACUCUAGCGCUCCUCCCGCUGUUCUCCCACCCACUGACGCCGAUGGCGAGUCUGUGUCUUCCAGCGACCGCGAGGACGUCCAGGACGCCCGCGCCGAGUAUGAGGAGGCUUUGGCCGCCGCUGCGGACUCAGAUGCCAGCAGCAGCGACCACGAGCGUCUCGAGGAGGCCAGAGAGGAGUACGAGGAAACGUACGAGGAAGUUUACGGCGAUGACGACUAG